UUGCCUCUCAUCAAACACUGCACUUCGCAGUGGUAUUAGCAGCUACUACAAAGAACAAGACAGUAAGAUCUUACUACUUAGCGAGGAGAAGAGAUCGAUCGAUCGAUCGUAGGAGCAAUGGCGUCGACCAGGCAGGCUCUCAUCGCGUUCGCCGUCGUCCUCCUCGCCGCCGCUUUCCUCGUCGCCGCCUCCGCCGCCGACGAAACCCAGGCUAACAAGAAGGAGGACACCAAGGUGGACGUGCAGGACUACUGGCGCGGCGGCGGCGGGUACCCACCACGGGGCGGCGGCUAUGGCUAUCCGGGGCGCGGCUACGGCUAUCCGGGGCGCGGCGGCGGCGGUGGCUACCCGGGCGGAGGAGGAGGCUGGCACGGCUGCCGCUGCUGCGGCUACGGCUACCGCGGCGGAUGCCGCUGCUGCGCGAGCCCCGACGAGAUCCCGGAGCCCAUGUACCGCCCGGAGGUGGAUCCCCACAACUGAUCCAAUCGAUCGAUCGAUCGAUCCUCGGCACAUGUUUAAUUUUAGUUUGGUUUCGUCAAUAAAAUCAAAGGCGGCGCGUAUGAUCUCUAUACGUGUACGUGUGUGUGGCCGCCAUACUUAUAUAUGUACGUAUGCACAGUGAUCUUGGAGAAGUGGAGAACACAUAAUGCUUAUUUUCCACUGUUUUUAAUUAGGGUAUGGUCGAUCGAUCAGUACUGUGUGUGUGACCGAUGUAUGUAUCACUUUGUAUUAUUAUGCAUGUGAUGGAAUAAAUCUACCUCUAUAUAGUUAUAGUGGUAUUGUUAAAGA